AUGAAAGACAUCUUCAAACCCCUCGUAUACGUCGCUCUCUGCAUCAUAGCAAUGGCCGAAGGUGUAACCCGCUACCAAACCGACCCGCCAGCCGGAGUCAUCGUCCUGCAAGACAGACAGGCGCUGAACGACCUGGUCACCGAGAACCCCGAAACCUUCCUGAACCCCGAAAAUGGAGGCUAUUACUUGAAAACAUCCCAGGAUGAGGAAGUCAUCGCCAUUGCUGGUGACGAGCUGUGUGCAGAACUGGAUACCGCCGUGGCGACGGUGGAGGCCCUUGGUGAUGAUUAUGAUGAUGAUGAUGAUGAUGAUGAUGAAGGCGUUACCAAGAGAGAGGAUAAUCUCGCUUGUGGUGGUGAUUGUUCGCUGGAGAAUUUGAAGGUUUGCAUCUGA